AUGCCAUCUCCCCACUUCGCGUCGGUCGGAUCCGUGCCGUCGUCGUUUACGGAACGCUCUGGCGAGCUCCCUGUCCGGGUGCCCAUCCACAGCUCCGCGCAAGGCCGACCCACCCCUCUAUCUCCGGUGAGGCGUUCAACGAGGGAGUCGACGGUGGUCCCUACUCAAGCUGGAAGCCACGGCGGAGUAGGAGGCCGAUGUACGCAAGGUGCUGGUGGUGAGGAAGCCCGACUUCGGGCUUCCCCACCGCCUUCCCACCGCCUUCCCGACCUGCACGCAAGGUACCUGCCGACGCCGGGAGGGGGCAGGUCGAAGGGCUGCAAGGUCGUCUUGCGGUCGUCCAAGACCAUUUCCAGUUCCCCGUCGCUGAGGACAUAUUUUCACGCUUCCGGGGACAAGCACGAGGCCAGCGAGUGCGAGCCAUCAAGGUCAGGUGUUUGGCGUCGCUUCUCCAACAUCAUGUACAAGAUGGCCGACAUCGACAUGGACAAGAGGCCAGAGAGCUCUCAGCGGAGGAGAUAAAGGGAGUGAUGAUGAUGUUGCAGAACCCACGACAGUUCAAGGUGCCGGACUGGUUCCUCAACAGGAAAAAAGAUUAUAUUGGCAGCAGGUUGUCCCAGGUCGUCUCCAACCAGCUUGACACGAAGCUCAGGGAUGGCCACGAGAGGCUCAAGAAGAUCUG